UAAUUUGCUAUGAAGAUAAACGUUAUUAUCGUUUUAUGAAAGCGCUAGGGAAACAUUUCGCCGUUUUUUUUUGUAUACGAAUCUCAUGCAAGCAAACAAUUUACGGUCUCGAGUCAAAUUGGUUUGUUGUUAUGAAAAGACAAAACAGAAAUGGCGUUUACUUGAUGACAAAAAAAGUUGAUCCCAAUUGUUGCCGCAAUUUAACUUGGUUCAAGUUUACAAUCUAAUUUUGUUUUCACUUUUUUGCUUCUUUGUCUUUCCAAACCUUAAAUUGUUCAUUGAAGACCUAAAUUUGAAUCAAUCAUUGUUUUGUGCUCAUUUGGAUUCCAAUUGAUAUUGUUUCCCAUAAAAAUAGUCAAUCUCUAUUAGUGUUUCACUAACCGUCUACACUCAUCACCUCUAUCCUCAUCAAUAACGUUUCAACCAACAUCUCAUUUUGUGUUCAUCUGCAAUUUAGAAUGAAAAAAACUGAAUUUCCAAAAGUGUUAAAUGUUUGGUUGGAUUGUCAAGUGACUGUUAAGUUUUUGUGUUAACUAUUUUUCAACACAAUUUUCAACCAUGAAGACUGCUAUUUUAAGCAGUUAUCACAAUGCAACUUCAAGUAACAGUGGAAACAGUUUAUUGAUGAAAUUAAUGUUUCGACCAUCAUCAUCUUCUUCAUCAUCACUAUCAGUGUCCGAAUCUCCUUCCUCCUCUUCACCAUCAUCUUCCUCUUCACCUUCUCCUUCACCAUCACACCAUCGUCAACCAAGUACUUGUGAAAUAUUAGAUGAUAAUACCAGUCUAGAAGAUCAAUGGGUAAUUCAAAUCAAUGAUCGUCUACCCAAACACGUUCGAGUUCAUCUUAAUGAAGAUGGUCGAGCUUUUUAUCUCAACAGUCGAACCAAACGAACCUCUUGGUUACCUCCAAAAGCUUUAUGGGAGGAAUGCUGUAGUUAUGGUAAUAGUGAUCUUUGUCUUCCUUAUGGAUGGGAAGUAGCUUUCGAUUCGGAAAAUAAGCCUUAUUUUAUCAAUCACCUCAACUCAACAACAACAUAUGAAGAUCCGAGAAAGGUUAUCAAUACAAAUACAGCAAUUCCAGUGCCUCGAGAAGUUACUUUGACCCGUGAUCCUGAGCUUGGGUUUGGGUUUGUUGCUGGGUCAGAAAAGCCCGUAAUUGUUCGCUUCGUUAAAGAAGAUGGACCUUCUGAGGGUAAGCUUCUGGCAGGCGACCAAAUACUCAAGGUAAAUGGUGUAGACAUGGCUGAUGCACCAAGAGAAGAGAUUAUCCGUCGAGUGAAGUGUUGUGAAUCGACAGUUACAUUAACCGUUUGUCAACCAUCAACUAUCAAUUGUGGAAAUCAUCAUAGAUCAGCUUUGUUGACCGAAACAGCUAAAAAGGCUCGUCUUGCUCUGGGUUACACUCUUAGAGUCCGAUUUUCUGAGAGACUAGCUCUAGACGGGAAUCCAUUCUUUUCCUCAUCUUCGUGUGACUCGCCAACGUCUAUAAUUCACAACGUCCUUAAAGUUUAUCUGGAAAACAAUCAAACCAAAACAUUCAAGUAUAACACAACCACCACAGUUGCUCAGGUUUUAGACUCUUUGAUUACUAAAUUGGCUAUCCGUCGACCUGAACAUUAUACCUUGUGCACAGAACAUAUUCGUUCCCAUGGAAUAUCAAAAUUAACUAUUCUCAGUCCAGAAGAUACAUUGUACAAAAUUGCUUCUCGACCAGGCAUCCAUAAUUUACGUUGUAUCUUACGAAUGUCUUUUGUAACUCAAGAUUUGAAUAGCAUUUUGAGCUCUGAUCCUGUAAGCUUUGAUUACCUUUAUGCCCAAAGUUGUAACGACUUUGUUCAAGAAAGAUAUUCAACGCAGCUUAAUUAUGACACUACCUUGACUCUUGCUGCGUUAACAUUGCUUCAACAUGCCUUGUCCACAGGAUCUAUUGGUCGUCAGGGUAAAAUUGAUUUGAAAAAGAUAGACAAAUCUUAUGGACUUAGUACAUUUGUUCCACUUUCCACUCUCGAAGCAAUGAAACGUAAAGAGAUGUACAAAUUGUUAUCUCAUUUUAUCAAGCAAACACAAAACGAUUUAGGUAAAGGUUAUACGCCACUUCAGUGUAAAAUGUCCUUUUUGGAAAUAAUAAGUGGUCUUCCAGGUUUUGGAGCCAAAAACUUUCCUUUAAAUUCAAAAGAUUCAUCAUGUGGAGCAGUAAUCUUGAUUAGUCCUAAAUUUGGAAUAGCACAGUUGAACAGAGGAGUCCUUCGCCAAUCUGCACCUAUAACACUGGCUUCAUUUGAUGAAGUUAAUCGAGUACGAGUUACACGAGAUGAAGAAUUAGGAUUUAGGGUUGAUGUUUUUCUAAGAGAACCAGAGGAAGGAAUAAACGAAAAUUCUGGUAACAAUGGACAGCAGUUAUCCUUUAUCUUUGAUGAAAUGGAUGUUGAAGAGUUUGUCAUGUGUUUAAGAGGUUACCACAAAUUAUCACAGCUCAAUAAUCCGAAUUAUAAAAGAUCAAAGUAAUCUGGGAAGUGGGUAGUUCAUGGUGGAGUGAUUCAGCUCCUUAUUAUCAUGAAGAUCAUAUUGUUGAAAUAUCAUUUUGGAAUUAUCCACCCGAUCCAGAUAAUGGUGAAACAAGGUGGGUCAACUUUUCAAAUGGACCACCGCUAUAUGAUCCUGAUUUGUUCAACAAUAAAAUAAAAAGACCAAGGAUAUCAUCUAAAGAGAUGUCCCGAGAUGAAUUAACGGUUAAUCGACGCGGUUCUGCGGGAUCAUCUACAGACAAACGAGGUUCAUUGUCUGGUAUUUCAACGACCAGUAGUGAUGAUGCUUCAUCUGGUUACAGAUCGAGAAAU